UGUAAGACCGUAUGCCUUUUAACAAGGAAAUGUCGACAUUCAAACAUUUUCCUUGUAUAUAUACCUACAGACCGAACUUUUUGGUGAAUCGCUUACAGCAAUGUGAAAUAAAGCAAGAAUACUGCUGUAUCCCUAGAUUGAAAAGGGGGAAACAUGGCGAAAUUGCGAGAAGGGAAACUGUACAAACUUCUCCAGGAAUCGGACGACGCGGAUGAAGUUUUCAAAGCCUGUUACGACUACGCCUACAGCGGAAAGGACCUAAACGCACGGGACGAGGAGACAGGAGAGGGCUUCAUGCACCUCCUGGCAGACGAGAUCCGCCACUUUACCAGUGCCCGGGGGGUUGGGAUCAUAUACUUGAUGGCGUGUAAAGGAGUGGAUCUAGACAUUGCCGAUAUUAACGGAGACACUUUUCUUCACAAGAUUUGCAGGAAACCCCACACACAUCGGGUACUGGUCUCUGUAAUCAGGAGCGGGGCGGAUCCAUUGAUUCGGAACAAGAAGAAUCAGACCCCCGCCGAUGUGUUACUGGAGGAGAAACCUGAGGGGUGGGAGGAGACCCUGCACUACUACAACACCUUCAAACCAGGCUUAUACCGGGCUUUGCAGGAGGACCACCCCGACAGAGAGCUGAUCCGGCGCCUCCUGAAGUUCUGGUGCCGAGUGACCGUGGUCAAGAACUGCCGCACGGUCCACCUCAAGGCCCGCCUCCUGGAGACGGCCUAUGGGCGUGCCCUGGUGGAACUGAUUGAGGAGUACGAGAACACGAACGAGUUCAUCCCCGCCCUGCUGGAAUGCGAGGCCAAGCUGAUCAGGCAAUGGAUCAAGGACCAAAUAAUUGUAAAUAUCAAUGUGAACACCAAGGACUACAGUUACCAGUUCGCCGCCCCUAAGACGCCCGUGGCGCCGCGCCCCCUGUUGGUGGCUGUGUGGGAGACACGUUGCCUGGAGACGGUAGACAUAAUGAUGGAGCUGGGAGCAGACACAAGUGUGCUGUUCUCAUCAGAGCCCGACAAAGAAAAACCCAAACCUCUCUUUUUUCAUGUAUUAGGGGGUCCCUUUAAACCAACAGAUGAAAUCGCCUUCCGGAUAUUACGUGGUUCCAACCUUAGCGUCAGGGAUGGCAAUGGAAGAACGAUACUGUUUGAAGCCAUUUCACAAAAUUCGUCGGAAGUGAUGAUGAAUUUUCUUCUAACUCAAGGAAUGCGUAUAGGUUUACGCGAUAAGCAUGGAUUAACAGCGUAUGAUUUUGCCAAAAAAGAGAAAAAAGACAACUACUGUAAAAUGUUGGAUAACCACGUGAUCAGUCUAGUUCGGGAUUGUGACAUGUCGCGCAUAGAAGACUUGAUUCUUCUUGGUUACGAUAGACUUAUGAAAGCCAAAGAUAAAGACGGGGUGUCAGCCCUGGGUAUUGCAAGAGGUAGCGAUUCUACUCAACUCAAAAACACUCUGGACAAAUUUUAUGACGUCCAGGAACAUAUUUCUAAGCUAUUCCAAACUGCACAAGAACGCGAUCUACAGCAACUGAAGAAGCUCUUGGGGAGGAAGUAUUACUGUGCUCAGGACAUUUGUGGGCGGAACGUUCUACAUCUGGCCGUCCUCCAAAGAUCCAAGUCAAUGGUGGGAUACCUAGCGUCAUAUUACCCACAGCUCCUCAAUACACAGGACAAUUUAGGACGAACGCCGUUACACUAUGCAGAAAUCUUUCUUGAGGGCGAUGACGUCAUAAAUCACAUGAUCGAUAAGGGAGCAUCCCCAGAGGAGAAGGAUGUGCAAGAGCGCACGAGCGUGGACUAUCGUUGUGAUGUCUGCGGGCAGAGGGCGUUCCUGGCCUUAAAGAAGGAGAUACAGGAGUUCCGUCGGGACGUGUUCCUAGCCCAGACGGACUUUGAUCGCGAGUUUAUGGAGGCACUUAAGAACAACGAUAUCCUACAAAUAAAGGAGCUGGUAAAGGGAGUGCUAAAAUACGGGAACCUGAACCGUUAUAGUCACGUGCUCUUUGACUGUGUGGACAAAGGUCAAGAAGAAAUCGCAGUGUUCUUGAUUGAGCAAGGCAUGGAUACAACCAUAUACAAACAGUAUCAAGCCUGCAUAGACAAUGACCCCGACUGUGCAGUCGGGGAGUGCAGUCAUACCGUGACGUCAUUCAAAGAGCGGGUUCUCAAUAAGGGAAGAAACAGAGUCCUGAAGGCUAUCACAGACAAAAGUAGCAAAGCGGAGCAGGUCACAAAGCAGAGAGACGUCGCUCCUGGGGUCCAGUCGUUUAACGUGUUUGGUUUGUUGUGAUGGGCGGGUUUACACGGACAACGGAAACUGUUAGUUACACCGUCUUGAAUGAUUUCACGGAAUUAAAAUUGUAAUAUAUUGUAUUAAAACUCAACUUGUUUUGUUGACUAGUAAAUGUGAUUUAAAGGAAGAGUUUUUUUUUUAUUUGUUUU